AUGUCCACUCUGUUCUACAGGUCUACUGAGAACAAGAAGGAGGACCUCCUGAAUUGGGCCUCAGAAAACACCAAGAGGUCUACUGAGAACAGGAAGGAGGACCUCCGGGAUUGGGCAUCAGAAAACAGAAAGAGGUCUACUGGGAACAGGAAGGAGGACCUCCGGAAUCAGGCCUCCAAAAACACCAAGAGGUCUAUUGAGAACAGGAAGGAGGACCUCCGGAAUCAGGCCUCCAAAACCCCCAAGAGGUCUACUGAGAACAGGAAGGAGGACCUCGGGAAUUGGGCCUCAGAAAACAUCAAGAGUUCUACCGAGAACAGGAAGGAGGACCUCCGGAAUCAGGCCUCCAAAAACACCAAAGGGUCUACCGAGAACAGGAAGGAGGACCUCCGGAAUCAGGCCUCCAAAAACACCAAGAGGUCUACCGAGAACAGGAAGGAGGACCUCCGGAAUCAGGCCUCCAAAAACACCAAGAGGUCUACCGAGAACAGGAAGGAGGACCUCCGGAAUCAGGCCUCCAAAAACACCAAGAGGUUAGCCUUAUCCUAA